AUGGAAGCCGACACCCUCCAAACCUUCGCUGCGGCGGUUCAACAACAAUUCCCUGCAUUCGGCGACGAUCACGACAGCGACUCGCAAGAUGCCGCCGCCGCAGCUGGUUAUGCCCCUGCGAAUUCCCUCGACGCGGACCCGAACCACCAAUCCUAUCCCAUACCCCUGCCAUCAGCGCCGAACGGCUCUCCGAGUGUCCAGACUCGACAACAAAGCAACAGUUUGAGGGAUACCGCCAGUCCUAGUGCGAAUGCCGCUAUGCGAAGUCCCCAGCAGACGCGCUCCGGCAUGUCGGCCCAGACUCGAGCUGCCCAGAACGCCGCUUCCACCACCCCUUCUCACAACGGUAGCAGUGCUGCGAAUCCGACUUCCCAGAUGCAAGCCUCACAGAUGAGCCAACAGUCGGAGGACCUGCAAGGGCAGUCGGAUCCCGCGCAGGACUCGAAGCCGAAUGGCUUCGUCUUCAGAAAUUCUACGUCUGCAUAUCCAAACGGCACUCCCACGCCUGCUCGAUCCUCGUCGAGACAGUCACAAGUCUACACUACACCACAUGGCGUAGUCCAGACUGAUCCAUGGGUGUCCCAUCACCAAACUACGCCGUCCACCAGUGAAGUCAAUGGUGCCUCCAAAGUUAACGGAAACAACGACAAGGAAGAAGCAGAUCCCUCUGCUGCGGCGAACCCGUUCAGCGACACCUUUCCCUUGGUGCUCCACCCGCCAAACCUGGAAGAGUGGCGUAACAAACUUUUCAACAUCACGGACACGCUGGUGUUGUCCGAGGAGGAGUUCCUCACCUACUUUCCCCAUGUUGACAACGUCUACUCCCAUCGCUCCACGCAGAAAUACAAACGCAAGGCCUUCGUUAGCCACUACUGGGACUGUCGACUGAAGGGUCGCCCCAGUGGUACCCCGAAGAGCGAUGAUCCCAACAAGAAAAAGCGCAAGCGUCAGGCCCGAGAGCGAGAUCUUUGCGAUGUCAAGAUCAAGAUCACAGAGUACUUCAGUGCUGAAGAGGCAAAGAAGUUGGGGUUGGUAGGUGGGAACGACAUGAACGGCGCCGACGCCGGUGCUAACGGCACGGUGGGAAGUGACAUGGGCACUCUUGGAGGCAUGGACAACUCCGAACUGACUAUCGUCCUCGAAGACGGUACUAACGGUGUCGGUGGUGCUGGUCAACUUGGUACCGGCACCAGCGUUUCUCAAAAUAAUACCAACCAUACUGAUCCAAAUUUUGGACUGCUUGAACUUCCGCGUCCUCUGCCCCAAGGACAUCCGGGCGCUGAUGGUAAACGAUGGUACACGAUUCAGCGUGUCCGAGGUAAUCCGGGCGGCGGAGCAGUCAAAGACUCUAGCAAGCGAGACGGCAAUGUGAACGGCGACGUCGAAGAUGAGAUCGAGUCAUCAUUGUUGGAUCCCAAUCUGAAUGCCGACCUGGACCACAAGCAUACACUUGACGAAAGCGAUCGGAUCAAGAAGAACAGCGUGCAAAGAUGGUUGUUGAAGGAGGAAAAGGAGAAGAAACGAUUGAGUAAACUCCCCUCUUCAGGUAUAUCCAAUCAAUCCACAGCCAACGAGUCAGUGUCUCCUUCCUUCCGAGCCUCAGGAAUGGCCUUCUUCACGGCCCGCUCCCAUGCCGCGCCUGCCCCAACAAAGAUGACUUUCUUCGCCAAUUCGUUCUGUCCCUUUGCCCAACGCAUCUGGAUCGCCCUGGAGAUCAAGGGUGUUCCAUACCAGAUGGUGGAAAUUAUGCCCACAGCUGUCGACACUUACAGGCCACCGGAGAUGUUGGAGGUAAACCCUGAAGGGAACAUUCCGUGUAUCAGGCACGGAAAUUGGGGCGUUUGGGAAAGUGGUGUUGUUCUGGAAUACCUGGAGGACCUGGCUAUGGGACAUUCCCUCCUGCCGCUAGGCAACCCACAACUGCGAGCACACUGUCGCCUGUGGACCGAUCAUAUUAACCGCAAGAUCCUUCCGAGCUUUUACAGCCUGCUCCUUACUCCGCCCCCUUCGCCCAGUGUCGGAGAAUUGAUGGGUUUAGAUGGAAUGGAGGUCGACGGAGUUGCACACGCACACGUCACUAAUGCCGCGUCAGCGGCACAACAUAGCAUGCUCAUCGCCACUUUACAGAAGAACAUCACGGCGUUGGUCAACGCCAGCCAUGCCACGGGGCCAUUCUUUCUGGGCAAUGAAAUUGGAUUUGUUGACGUGGUUUUUGCGCCCUGGAUCAUCCGGCUUUCCCGCGUCUUGAGCUAUUACCGCAACUUCCCCAGACCAGAAGUGGGCACGCGCUGGAGACAAUGGGUCGACGCUAUCGAAGCGGACGACCGGGUAAGGCGGACCGUGAGUGAUGAAAAUUCAUACCAUGGAGUGUACCGGGGCGUGGGCGAGGACGGAUGGUGCGCGAAGGAUGUGCAUAAGCCCAUUGUGGAGAUUCAGUAUGCGAGGAAAGUCGUUGCACAAGAAGGGUUUGGGCUCGGCGGAGAUGUCUGGGGGCGUCUGCCGGAAGAGGAGGUCGCCCACAAUGCCAAUAGUGUUGGGCAACCCCUGUCAUGA